CUCUUUAUAACUGUAGCUCAUGUCAUAUAAGUUUUGCAGUGUGUUUUUGCCUUUUUUUCAGCAUGUCUGUUCUUCAUGGUUCUCUGGGUGUGCUCGUCAGGUUCUACAGCCCCUCUCACAUCCUGGCUGUGAUAGGGGCAGGACUGGGGGCAAUUGCUGUGAUCUGGACCAUAAAUCUGUUGGUGCGCCAUGCCUGGUACUCACACAAGCUGUCCUGCUUCAGCAAGCCACCUACACACUCAUGGCUGAUAGGGCAUCUGGGCCAGAUGCAAAGCACAGAGGAAGGUCUUCUCCAGGUAGAUGAGUUGGUGAAGACUUACAAGCACUCCUGUAGCUGGUUUUUUGGGCCCUUCUAUCACUUAGUUAGGAUUUUCCACCCAGACUUUGUCAAACCUCUACUCAUGGCACCUGGCAAUAUCACGGUAAAAGAUGAACUCAUUUAUGACCACUUACGCCCAUGGCUUGGAGAGAGUCUAUUGAUCAGUAAUGGCGAUGUGUGGUCUCGUAAAAGGCGUCUGCUAACCCCUGCAUUUCAUUUUGACAUUCUGAAAAACUACAUUGUCACAUUUAAUUCCUCAACCCACAUUAUGCAUGAAAAGUGGCAGCGUAUGAUACUGAAUGGAAAUAACAAUAUAGAGAUGUUUAAUGACGUCACUCUGAUGACUUUGGACAGUUUACUUAAAUGUGCUUUUAGCUACAGCAGCAACUGUCAGGAAUCCACCAGUGAGUAUGUGUCCGCCAUUGUUGAGAUGAGCGAUCUGAUCAUGGAUCGGAGAUUGAAAAUGUUACAUCACUGGGAUUUCAUUUAUUGGAAGACACAGCAAGGCCAGCGGUUCAAGAGGGCAUUGAGCAUUGUGCAUGGGUAUACUAGAGAUGUGGUUCAGAAGCGACGUGCACUCAUCAGUCAACAGACAAAGGGUAGAUUGUCCAUGGCGGCACAGAGGAGGAAAGACUUUGUGGACAUUAUAUUGUCUGCACAGGAUGAAGAUGGACAAGGCUUAUCAGAUGAGGAGAUUCUAGCUGAGGCCAAUACAUUCAUGUUUGCUGGGCAUGACACAACAGCCAGUGCAAUUUGUUGGACAUUGUAUAACUUAGCACGCCACAGCGAUUACCAAGAAAAAUGCAGAGAGGAAGUGAUGGAGCUGCUAAAAGAACAGAAUGGACAAGAAAUUCAGUGGGAGGAUCUGACAAGCCUUCCCUUCACCACCAUGUGCAUCAAAGAAAGUCUGCGGCUCCACUCUCCAGUUCAGGCGGUCACCAGGAAAUACACCCAAGACAUGGCACUGCCAGGAAACCGAACUGUCCCUAAAGGUGUCAUUUGCUUGGUCAGCAUCUAUGGCACACACCACAACCCCAUGGUCUGGUCUAAUCCUCAUGAGUUUGAUCCAAUGCGUUUUGACCCAAACAAUAGAGAAGCCCAAUCUUCAUCUGCUUUCAUUCCCUUUUCUGCAGGCCCACGGAAUUGCAUUGGACAGAAAUUUGCCCUGGCAGAACUGAGGGUCGUGGUGGCGUUGACUCUGCUCAGAUUUCGCCUUCGUCCCGUAGUGAACCCUGACGGCGGGGCCACUGAUGUGAGACGUCUUCCUCAGCUGGUGCUGCGAGCUGAAGGCGGACUGUGGCUGCAGGUGGAACCACUCAACCCUAAAGGAACAUAGUUAAUGACUGUAAACGUGUUUAGUCAGCAAGACACUUUGUUGCACCUCCUGCUCCAAAGAAGCUUCAGCUUAUCUGUUAAAGAUAAUUUUCACUAAUAGUUUUAUAAUGUAUAAUUUAAGGACUAAAGCAUUAAUAGUGCCAUGCAAGUGUCAUUAUUGUUAAAACUAAAGUGUGUUAAAAUGUAAAAAUACAGUCACAAAGAAUGUAAAAUAUUUGACACAAAUUACAUAGCCAUAUUAAGCCAUUUUCUUAGCUUGCAUUAAAACUCAUAACAUUGCAAA